CAUCGCACUCCAACUUUCGUAUGCUCUGCAACCGCCAAGUCAUGACGAGGCUCAUGUACCACCUCCUCAUCUUAGCCUUAUGCCGUCGUAUAGUCGUUCGGGGGUUUGGCCUCUUGCCGCCGCUUCUCUUGUCGCAAUCUAGAGGCGGCGUUACACCCCGAAGUUCCUGCCGCCCCAGGGAUCGUGUCAUCAUGACGGGCGCGUUUUGGGAAGGGAUCGUGCAGGGCGUUGGCAUGAAGACGCCGACACCUCCGACGGCCAAGGAGAAGGGCCCCGUACUCAUAUGCCCAGCGCAGCUGAGCGUUCCGGGUGACUACAGACAGAUGGUCACAGAGCUGAAGAAGAGGGGCUUCCCCGCGUAUUGCGCAGACCUGACGAGAUUUGGGUGGAUCACGGGGUUGCUUCCCUCGGCACUGUCGCCGGAGUACGUGAAGGGCGAGCUCACCCCGGCCAACACCCUGAAGUUUUACUACGAGGCAAUAGAUCGGGCGCUGGAAGAAAUAAAAGAGAGACAUCCCGGGCAGGGGAUGCAUGUCAUCGGGCAUAGCAUAGGGGGCUGGGUUGCCCGCGCUUGGCUCGCGGAGGGAUGUGCCGACGCAGACCGAGAAAAUGUGCUCAGUCUCACGACGCUAGGAACUCCAAACACGGGCCCCCCGGAAGAUGCCGGGCUAUGGGCCGCCGUGGACCAAACGCGGGGGCUCCUGAAGUACAUCAACGCUAGAUUUCCAGGGGCGCACGUGGAGGGCGUACGGUACACGAGCGUCGCGGGGACUGCGCUGGAAGGAAAGCUCCCAGGGAGCGUGGAGGAAAUGCUUGCGUACGUCAGCUACCUACCUCUCUGCGGGGACGGCGGGUCUCGCGGUGACGGCAUCAUUCCGCUCGACGUGGCUGUACUGGAGGGCUCCACCGUUGUCGAAUUGCCAUCGUCCAAACAUUCAGGCUUUAUUCCCUUCCCUGGAGACGCGAUCGACCUUGGCGAGGAUUUCCUGUGGUAUGGAAGCAGCAGUUUAAUGGAUUCUUGGGUGGGCAACCUUGAUGCGGCGGAACAAAAUAGAAGGGGUACAAGACGACAAGCAGCCCGGAGGAAAUCGGGAGGAAAGCAGUGGUGACCCUCGCAUAUCACCACGAUGGUUUGACGCCUGUCACUCCAGCAGAAUCUUACAUGUGUUCAUCUGACUGUAGGCUGGUAUGCGACAUGUUCCCGUCCACAUUGAUUGUGCGAGCUUCAGAUGAAAGGGAAUGGUCGCAGGUCAGAGCCGGGCGGUGUUUGAAAUCAUACGCUCGAGAUGCCUUCCCUCGAUAGCUUCAUUAUAAUAGGCAGCAUUGUUAAUGUUGUUGUGCCAAUGAAUCCUCGUACUAGAAAGAGGGCAUGGCUCUCUGACAAGGUCCUUAGCACAAGGCUUCUCCGAGAAUACCUAACCGCAAUUCCGUUCGGGUUUGCCGUUGGUUUGGUCGUCGCACAUCCACGAUGGGUUCGUGCUAGUCUCAUCUACUCGUUUAUCUGCUC